AUGGAGCCGCUCCCGCUGGCCGAAGUCGCGCGGCGCGUCGGCGUCAAACGCGACGUCUUUUUCCGCCGCGUGCUCGUCUCGGACGCCGACGUCCAGCAGCAGAUGCUCGCGCGCAUCUCGGACGAGCUCCAGGAGCUCCUGGCGCGCGAAGACGCGACGCUCGUGACGGAUUUCUUCCCCACGGCGCUCCGCCUGACGCUCGACGCGCCGUUCCCAGCGAUCCGCGAGGCCUUGGGCCAGAUCGUCCACGUCGUCGAGCACAAGUACCCGGAGGCGCAGGAGCUGCGGGCGCGGCAGACGCGCGUCUCGUACUUUUUCAGCAACGGCCACGCGCCGGAGGACGAGGCCGCGGUCGAGAGCGUCGCGCGCGUCGACGCCAACGACGACGAGGCGCUGCAGUCGCUGUUCCAGGACUCGUUUCUGCGCACGGGCCGCGUGACGCACUUGAUGCAGAUCUUGGCCUGGCAUCGCAGCUACUUGGAGCUCUUUGACCGCAGUUUAGCUGCGACGAUGACGCGGGACGGGACGCUGCCGCUCCAUUGGGGGAGCUACAUUGCGGUCAUGGGCGCCAGUGAGCUCCGAUGCCACUACCUCGCGGACUUGCAGCAGUACAACUUUGUCGUGAAUGGCGGCGACAGCGACUGGAUCAAGGGCCUGGACUACGUCCCGCCUAAGCUCUUUCGACUGCACGAACUGAGCUCGUUGUUGGCGCAUCGGCCGUGGCUGCUCACGGCGGAGCACGUGGCGGAGCUCUUGCGCUCGGAUCAGGACGAUUCGUGGUCGGUCUCGGAGCUCGUGCAUGCCAUAAUCGUGCUCUGCCAGGCGCAUUCGAUGGCCAGCAUUGCGCUCGGUGUAGGCUGUGCAGAAGAAGUCGACCUGGCGGUCUUUGGACAGUUUGGAUACGCGCUGGACGCCGAGUCGUUGACGGCGGAAGACGUGGACCGCCACGAAGCAACGGACGCCAGUAGCUGCUCGAGCGUGGACCUGUCGACGAUUGACCGCGAUGAUGAGAUGCCGCUGAAGCAGCUGAAGAAGAACAGCAAUUUGGACAGUGAUACGGCAGACGAAGAGGAAGAAGUUGGGGAUGAGCAGCAACAGCAGCAAGACGGAGAAGACGAGGCAGAGGACGAGGACAAGUAUGGCACAGAUGAUGGGUUUGAAGUGGUGGUCGAUGAAGCAGCGUUUGGAGUCAAUGCGCCGACCGACAGUCGGAGGAUGGAUACGCUGUGGCGCUUCUGUGGAGGCAGCGUCAUUCGCUAUACAGACUUUGAUGUACGAUCGGAGGAGUACGAAGUGCUGCAUACGGAGGACUUUAGCUGGGAUGAACACUGCUUCUCUCUUGUAAAGCGGUAUUUCCCAGGCGAGGCUGGCCAGAUUCUCGAAGACCUAUUUAACCUGACUAGCAAGCUGACGUAUGAUUGCUUUGGCGCGAAUAAGGACGAAUUUGUGGACACCAGUCCGUACCGGGAUGCUGUCUGGUAUUACGUGCACCGUAUCUUUGGAAUUUGCCACGAUGACUAUGAUUACCGCCUGGUAAACACGUACUUGAACCGGCCGACCAAGAUUUUUCUCAAGAAGGUGGCCUGUACGCCCUGGAAGGUGCGGAAGGAAGACUUCGCGCACUUUGACAGAGUUCUCCGCCCGUCGGAAAAAUGCCACGUCAUUCUACUUGUUGCUGAGGCUCGCAAGCAGGCUGGGCUCAUGUACGGCCUGCGUGCUGUGAUGAACCACAUGCGCUGA